ACUUCAGAUCCGAGCUCAGACACACCAGAGUGAGAGAUGAAGAUGAAGGCUGUUCUCUCUGUCCUCCUCCUGGCAGCUCUGACAGGAGCAGCUACAGCUCUGUUCUGGAGAAAAUACAUUCAUGUGAAUGAACAACUGAACUGGACUGAAGCUCAGGCAUACUGCAGGGAGAAUUAUGUAGAUCUGUUGACCAUGGAAACACAAGAGGAAAAAGAUAACUACCGAAAUUAUACUCAGGGUAAUUGUUCUGCAGGGUGUUGGACUGGUCUCAGCGGGAACGGUCAAAAGAUGACCUUUACUCAGUGGUCUGAUGGAAGCUUACUGACUUUCACACAUUGGGGCAAGAAUGAGCCAUCCAAUACAAUCGAUGCUAACUGUGUAUAUACAAACAAUCAUUGGCAUAAUGAUUACUGUACAAAUGCUCGGACCUUCAUCUGCUACACUUGGGAGCCAGAGCUGAUCGUGGUGCAGGAGAUGAAGACCUGGGAAGAAGCUCUGAAGUACUGCAGAAUGAACUACACUGACCUGGUAAGCCUCGACACAGAGAGAGCUCACCUUUUGGUCAACAGCAAGAGCAGUGAAAUUCUGACACCCAGUUUCUGGACCGGGCUGCGCUUCCUGGAUGGAUCAUGGUUCUGGGUGAACCAGGCCUUGACGGAUGAACCAGGCCUGGGGAACCUGAGUCUUAUGCCCUCGUGCCCUGCCCCACGUUUCCGUUGUGGAGCCAGAAAAGCCAAAUCUAAUGUCCUGGAGAACAGAGACUGUGAGGAGAAAAUGAACUUCAUCUGCUACCAACUAUCCAUCCCCGAGAACAGUGGGAUAGUGUUCCUGUAG